GUUGCAUUCAAAUUUACAUGAGUUCAAACUUGAAUUUAAAAUUUGGGUUUGAAUUUUGCAGUGCAGUCACUUCCCAUUCGCAUUUUCACUGUUGAGGAAUCGAAGAGAAGAGAAGAGAACGCUUUUAAGGGAUAAAUUCAAAAAUAGAAAAAUGGGCAGAGGCGCACAGGGAACAGGUUUGACGGAGAGAGAGAGGAUUCCAGUCAAAGGAAAUAAAAUAUGAGUUGGCUGAAAUGGAGCAAUGGGAGGAAAGGUACCAAGACGCUGAGAGCAAACUGGAUCAAAGACCGGGUCGAACACGACUCAUCCGCAGUCAAAUACAAGGAAGAACGAGAACCCAAUUUCCCCUUCUUCCUCAUCUUCGACUCGCAGAGAGGAAAACCCUUUCCGUUUUCUGUGGCUGCGCGGUCUCAGAUAGUUUCAGAUGGGGAUUUGCUGGGGUUCUCCAGCUGUUAAACCAAGUCUUACCGCCAACGACCGUCUCAGCUCAGGGAUAUCUCAGACGACAAGCAACACAACAUCAUCUUCGGGAACUAGCAGUGUUUCCAGGAACAGCCGGUUCUCGGCAUCCAGCGGCGAUGACGCAUCUGGCAACGGGCAGAUCUUGUCUACCCCUAACAUGAGGAUCUUCACCUUCGCAGAAUUGAAGUCCGCAACUAGAAAUUUCAGGAAUGACACAUUGCUGGGAGAGGGAGGGUUUGGGAAAGUCUACAAGGGUUGGCUUGAUGAGAAGGCGUCCAAGGGCGGCAGCGGAUCCGUAAUUGCUGUUAAAAAACUCAACUCUGAGAGCUUCCAGGGAUAUCAAGAGUGGCAGUCGGAGGUGAAUUUCUUAGGACAGCUCUCUCAUCCUAACCUUGUUAAGCUGUUGGGAUAUUGUUUGGAGGACUCAGAGCUGCUCCUUGUUUACGAAUUCAUGCAGAAGGGCAGCUUGGAAAACCAUCUUUUUGGAAGAGGCUCUGCUGUUCAGCCACUUCCAUGGGAAAUACGGCUUAAGAUUGCGGUCGGUGCAGCUCAAGGCCUCGCUUUCUUGCACACAUCAGAUAGACAAGUAAUUUAUAGGGACUUCAAGGCCUCAAAUAUACUCCUUGAUGGGUCCUAUAAUGCGAAGAUAUCAGAUUUUGGCUUGGCGAAACUGGGUCCAACAGCCAGUCAUUCGCAUGUUACGACGCGGGUAAUGGGUACUUAUGGCUAUGCUGCUCCCGAGUAUGUGGCCACAGGGCAUUUGUAUGUAAAGAGCGACGUGUACGGUUUUGGUGUUGUUUUGGUUGAGAUCCUUACUGGGUUACGAGCGCUAGACACAAACCGCCCGAGUGGGCAACACAACCUCGUAGACUGGGUAAAACCAUACCUAGCAGACCGAAGAAAGUUGAAAACUAUAAUGGACUCCCGCUUAGAGGGAAGAUACCCUUCAAAAUCUGCAACCGAAAUUGCUCAGCUUGCUCUAAAAUGCCUUGGGUCUGAACCCAGAAUGCGCCCAUCAAUGAAAGUAGUUCUGGAGACUCUGGAGCAGAUUGAAGCCGGCGGUGACAAGCUGAAGGAACGCAGAACUAAUUCUACUCGUCCUGUAGUACCCGUUAGACGUGGCCAACAGCCUUUGCACCGUCCGUCUCCACUUCGCCCCAAGGAGGCUGGAAUUCACCCCUACUCCUGAUCAAGGGAAAAGGUGCUGGCUUCUUGCUAUGACAGAUGGUGUUCCUUUUAUUUCUAGCACCAGUGUUGCUUUAGAAGACACCCAAAGAUCAAGAUUUAUUACUGCUUGUUUUGCAUAUGCUGUAUUAUGGGGUCUUGGAGAGUGUUUUGUUAAUUACUUCAUAUUUUGGUCAGUCUAGUGAGUUUUGUGUGCUUGAGUAGAUGCUGAGGGUCGUUAAUAUUCUUUUUUUUUUUCCGAGUUAAUGGGGAUGUUAAUGAUGUUGUGAUUAAUAUGGGAACCAUAUAUAGGACAAGAUGUGGGAAAAUCAUAUUCAUAUCAAUAUGUUGUUUUUCUCCGAGGAGAAUGCUUGGAAGGUGGGUGUAAGCCGCGUGAGUCAUGUUCCAACCCCUUUUAAUUUAUAUAGGUACUUAGUUUGUUGAUAAUUAAUAAAAUUCAUUACUUCAAUAAA